AUGUUGAGAUUUUUCCUUUUUAUUAAUAAACAAGGACAAACUCGUUUUUCUAGAUAUUAUAAUGUACAGUUACAGCCGGAGGAGAGAGUUCUUAUGGAAGCAGAUAUUUCACGAAAAUGUCUAAAGAGAGGUGAUUCUCAGUGUUCUAUAUUUGAAUUUAGGGAGUAUAAAUUAGCCUUUAGGCGAUAUGCUUCAUUGUUUUUUGUAAUUGGUUUUGAUGAGGAAGAGAACCAUCUUGCCAUCCUUGAACUCGUUCAUGCAUAUGUGGAAAUAUUAAAUGCAUAUUUUGAUAAUGUGUGUGAACUGGAUAUUAUGUUUAAUAUUGAAAAGGUACAUGUGAUUCUUGAAGAAAUGGUUUUAAAUGGUAGAAUAGUAGAAACUAAUAAAAAUAAUGUGUUAGCUCCUGUAUUGGAAAUGGAUAAAACAUCAAAAUAA